CUUAAUGCCUCCUUAUUAUCCAACAUAUUCGCUUAUCCAACAUUCUGCCGGCCCGUUUAUGUUGGAUAAGUGAGACUCUACUGUAUCUGUGGAAUAAUGUCCAGGAUGGGAGAAAGAACUAUUGUCUGUUUGAGGCAAGAUGUUGCAAUUGGCCACCUUGAUUAGCACUGAAUAGCCUGGCAGCUUCAAAGUCUGAGGGAAUCCUUUGUUGGGAGAUUAACAAUUAACAGCCAAGGCAAUAUGACAUAUAAACCCUAAAAACAUACAGGUGUUAAAAUAGAAUUAAACUUAAACAUACUAAAAAAGCAAUAAAACCAUUAAACAGAUCUAAAAUACAUAAUUGUAAUGCCAGUAGUUCAGUAUCUUUUUAAAAAUAUAUUUUUAUUAAGUGUUUUUGAACAUAAAAAGAGUGAGAACAAUAAUGAGUAUAGAAAAGAAAGUAAAAAGGGGGGGUGUGAUGAGAAGAAAGAGAAAAAAAGAGAAUAAAUAAAUAAAAACAAUUGAGAUAAAAAUAAAAAUUGUUGAAUGGAAGAAAAAUUGGAAAAGGAUUAAAAACAAGAACCCCCCCCCAAAAAAAACCCAAAACAUACAAAAAGAAAAAAAAAGAAAAAUUGUACUUCCAGUCUUUUCUUCUAGGUGAUAGAAUAUUUUGUACUUGUUAUCAUUAUAAGUCCAAUCCGACAUUAUGUUUUUGUAAAAAGUUCUUCUUGUUUUAUAUAAGUUGUCAGCAAUGUCCAAUCUGUUUCUUUUUUUGGUUUACCAUGAUGGUUCUUCAAGUAAUAUGUCAGUGUAUCCAUGUUCUUUAUAUCCAUAAUAAUUUUUAAUAUCCAUUCUUCUUUAGUUGGUAUUUCUGUUAAUUUCCACUUCUUUGCAUAUACUAUUCUGGCUGCUAGUACGAAAUACAGUAGAGUCUCACUUAUCCAAGCCUCGCUUAUCCAAGCCUCUGGAUAAUCCAAGCCAUUUUUGUAGUCAAUGUUUUCAAUAUAUCGUGAUAUUUUGGUGCUAAAUUCGUAAAUAUAGUAAUUACUACAUAACAUUACUGCGUAUUGAACUACUUUUUCUGUCCAGUUUGUUGUAUAACAUGAUGUUUUGGUGCUUAAUUUGUAAAAUCAUAACCUAAUUUGAUGUUUAAUAGGCUUUUCCUUAAUCCCUCUUUAUUAUCCAAGAUAUUCGCUUAUCCAAGGUUCUGCCCGCCCGUUUAGCUUGGAUAAGUGAGACUCUACUGUAUUUCUGUUAAUUUCCACUUCUUUGCAUAUACUAUUCUGGCUGCUGUUACAAAAUAGUUAAAUAGAAUCUCUUGAUUCAUGUUAAGAUUAAUGUCAAUCAUUCCUAAUAAAAAGUACUCCGGUCUCAGUUGAAUGUUUAUUUUGCUGAUUUUUUGUAUCAUUUCAUGAAUUCUUUUCCAAUACUCCUUUGCUGUUUUACAUCCCCAUCAUAUGUGAAAGAAUGUGCCUACUACAGUAGUUCAGUAUCUUAAAUAGUUUCACCACUCUGCUUUGUGUUUUACUCCAUUUUCAAAACCUACACUACAUUUUCUUUUCAUAACAAUGUCUUUAUUGAUGUUUUUCCGCUUUCACGAGGGUCCUAAAACCAUCCAAUGUGGAGGGCUGGCUUCCCAUUGCACGGUACCCACCUGUUUUGCUUUUUAUUUGCCCUCUUUGCAUGCUUGCACUUUGUGCUGCUGUGGUUUUCCGUUGUGUUUAGGGCCUGAUAAGCGCGAUAUGUUUUCCUUCUGUCUUCAAAAGGGAGUUGCCAAGCGGAGGGUAAAGUACAGUUCGGCUGACAAGGCCCCGGAGUGGACAUUCACCCAGGAUUAAUACCAUUUUAUUAUUUGGGUGCAUCUGUUUUAACACAGAACACAAAGUUAGACAGUGAUUCUGGCCUUUGUGCGGCUGGGAUGGGAUGCGGGAGCCACGGACCUCUUUCCUUAAAAGUAAAGCUACUAGUCCUCAGGGUGUCUAUAUUAAAGUAUAUAGAGAAAGAGGAGCGAAUGUAAGCUCUCUCUUAUUGAGUUGAGACUGUUGGUUCUACUAGUUUCUUAUUGCCUAAAGAGAGGCACUGAGCUUCAGAUUGUCAAAUGUUUAGGGUGCAAACAUCAGUUUUGUAGGGCGGGAUGAUGAGUUUUAGGCUAAAACAAGGAAUGUCCCUCCAGGGUUUUAGACAGAGCUCUGGUGGGUCUCCAGAAUUGGGGCUGGGCUGUGGCGCAGGCUGGUGAGCAGCCUGCUGCAAUAAAUCACUCUGACCAUGAGGUCAUGAGUUUGAGGCCAGCCCGUGGUGGGAUGAGCACCUGUCAAUUAAAAAAUAAAAAAUAGCCCCUGCUCGUUGCUGACUUAGCAACCCAAAAGAUAGUUGCAUCUAUCAAGUAGGAAAUAAGGUACCACUUAUAAAAUGGGGAGGCAAAUUUAACUAAAUUACGACAUUGGAAUGAGGAAGUGCCAUCACAGUGGAUGAUGAAGCAGCUGCUCCCCCCUGUGGCCAGAAUCGAACAUCCCCUCAGGAGAAGGUUAAAUUGCCUCUGCGUCUGUCUCGGUUCUAUGUGUAUAUGGGCAUUGAAUGUUUGUCCUAUAUGUAUAUAAUGUGACCCGCCCUGAGCUAACAAGAAGCACCUGCCAUCUCGCUUGGCAAAAUGUAACUAUUUAGAUGUUUGUUAUUUUUCUUUCUUAUUUUUCCUUAGAAACCAGUCUAGAGUAGACUCGACAGCUCCUAAGCCUUUCUAUCUACAAUGGAGUUCUUUUUACCUGAAUAAAUACUUUUUGAACUUUUAUUGAGACUCUGCAGUCAUUGCAAUCCUAAAUAGACAAAGGCUUCUCUUGCUCGCCCACGUGAUCCUUGGAGGCCCCGAACCCGUAGGACAUGGACCACCAUAUGAAUGGCACCAUGGCGGAGAAGCAUGGCCCCAUGGACUACGGGGUUCAGAUCCGAUUCAUCAAUGAUCUCAAAGAGCCUAGCAAGUCCCAGAAGCACCGGCCCAAGCCAUCCAAGCCAGGCUCCUAUGGGGUGGCGGUGCGGGUCCAAGGCAUCGAUGGGCAGCCCUUUGUGGUUCUCAACAGUGGCGAGAAAGGGGGGGACUCCUUCGGGGUGCAGAUCAAAGGCGAGAGCAAGUACGGGAUGUCCUCCCGGAGCCCGCAAGUCGAGGAGGCCUUCCCGGGAUCCCCUGGGGCUGUCUCAUCGUCCAAGGACGCCUCGGGCUCCAUCAGCUCCGACUCCGACCUGCCGGAGAACCCAUACGGCAUGAAGCCCUCUCGCUACGGCUCUCACUACAGCACAUCAGACGAGGAGCAGGCCCCGAGGAGGGGGGUUCCGAAAUCGGACAGCCUGGAUGGGGCCCGGUUGUCCCGCAAUAGCAUUGCUUCACCCCCUCAGGGAGGCUACCGGACUCUGCCCCAUAAGAAGACCUCGGGGGAGCAGCUACGGCGGACACAAUCCCACGGCUCCCUCCUCAGCUCCGAAUCCCAGGAUCUGACCCCCCCUCGGACUCUGCCUGCUCCCUCUCCCCAGACCACGACGACGGGGGGAGCAGCACGGAGCAACAGCCUCAUGAACCUUGCUGGACGCAGACUGUCCAGCCCCAGGGAAGAGGGCAGCGUUGUCACUGGGUUGCGACCUGUCCAGAAGUCCCCCCAGUUAGGUUUGGACGAGAAUCCGCCCGCCAACACGGGAGGCAACGUUGAAGGCAGCGACAUCGACACCAAGCCCCUCUCCUCGGUUGACUCGCUCAUCCACAAGUUCGAUGGGAAGGCCCAGCACCGAGGACGGGCCUCCCGGAAGAGCCGUGUGUCUCCGGACGACCGGAAACGCUCGCAGAGCCUAGACGGGAGGGUGGCCCUCCGUGACACGGCCGACUCCCGGGAGCUGGGUGCGGAGGACAGCAAGGAGGUCUUCAGAGAGGGAGUGCGGCCCUCUGUUUUGAAGCAGCUCGGAUCAGGCAACGCUUCAGGGACCAGGAGCCUCGGCCGACCCGUCGGACCUCAGCAGAAGCAGAAUGGGCUGGACAAGUCCAAGUUGACACGGGAGUGGGUCAACAAGAGCCUGGAGGAGCCCAGGAAAGUGCCGUCAGACCUGCAGCUGAAGUCUACCCCAGACCUUCUGAAGGACCAACAAGAAGUAUCUCAGCCCGGAAGCAGCGAAUAUAUGAAAGAGCUGAUCUACAACAUUCUGAAGGAAGGAAGCACCGAGAGCGAUGCGGCAACGAAGAGGAAAACCAACCUCGUUUUUGAGAAAAUGGAAGCAUUCACUGCGGUCCCGUCAGCAGCGCCAAGCACAUCCCAGGCAAAUGAGUGGAAGCAGAAAGUCGAAGAUCUGCAGCGAAAACUGGACAAGCAGACUGAGAGGCUGGAGCUUUCCCAGGAGAACCAGCGAAAGGGGGCUCCUCCCGGCCUGGAGCGGCGCUUGGAAGAGCUGGAGGAAGAGUGCCGCCGGCUGCGGGAGGCCCUUGAGAAGAAGAGCCAGGAGCUCCAGAGCAGCUGGAAAGAGCUGAGGGAGGCGAAAGCAGCCAAGGAAGAAACGGAGGCCAAGGUGUCCGACUUGGAAGAACAGAUGACGGAGAUGCAGGAGGCCCUCGACCGCUUCCGGGAGACAAGCGGAGGAGGAGGAGGAGGCGCUCCGGACAGAGACGAGGUGCUGAAAGAGCUGCUGGAGACCCAGGAGGCGCUGGAGGAGACCCUCGGGGCGAAGCAGAAGCUGGAGGAGCAGCUGCGGCAGCGAGAACGGGAGCUGACGGCGCUCAAAGGGGCCCUGAAGGAGGAGGUGGCCAGCCACGACCGGGAGCUGGAUCGGGUCCGGCAGCAGUACCAAGAAGACAUGGAGCAGCUGCGGCGCAACAUGGAGGACGUCUCGCAGGACCAGGCCAGUCUGGAGGCCGAGCGGCAGAAGAUCAACUCGGUGGUGCGGAGCCUGCAGCGGGAGUUGGAGGAGAGCAGCGAGGAGACGGCGCACUGGAAGGAGAUGUUCCAGAGGAACAAGGAGGAGCUGCGCAACGCCAAGCAAGAGCUGAUGCAGGUGAAGGUAGAGCGGGAGGAUUUUGAGGAGGAGCUGAAAGAGAUGCGUGACCGCGUCACAUCAAUGCGACAGGAGCUGGACCAGGUCCGGAACGGCCCUGAGAACGACGGACAGGCCAGCGCCCUCCGAAAGGAGUUGCGCGAAGUCCGGGACCAGCUGCGGGAGCUGACCCUGGAAAAGCAGGCCCAGGACGAGGUGCGGCGGCAACGCGAGCGGGAGGUGGUCUCCUUGAAGGCGGCCCUGAAGGAGGAGCGCUCCCGCCAUGAGGAGGCGGCGGCCGAGAUGAAGCGCCAGUUCCAGCAGGACGCCCAGCAGCUCCGGAAGGAUUCCGAGGAGGCCUUCAAGGUCAAGGCGGCCCUGGAGGGGGCGAAGGAGGCCACGGAGCAGACCAAGAAGGCGGUGGAGACCACGCUGCGGGAGACGCAGGAGGAGAACGAUGACCUGCGACGGAGAAUCCUGAGCCUGGAGACGCAGCUCAAGGAGUACCGGCACUUUGCGGACAACUGGCAGGGCAUCGAGGCCCGGCUGAAGGAGAAGAUUGCCAAGAUGGAGGGAGACCGCAAGCAGAUGGAGGCGUCGCUGGAGGAGGCCUCGGACCAGGAGCAGGAGCUGCUGCUGGCCAAGCGCUCGCUGGAGAGCCGCCUGGAAGAGGCCCAGCGCAGCCUCAGCCGCCUCUCGCGGGAGCACCAGGACCUGAGCGCCUCCUUCCACGAAGAGGUCAAGCAGAAGGAGCAGCUCAAGAGGGCCAAGGCCGAGCUGGAGGACGAGAAGCGCCUGCUGGACAAGAGCGUCAGCAAGCUGACCAAAGAGCUGGACCAGAUGGCGCAGGAGUCGCACGGAGCUCUGUCCUCUCUGCAGUCGCAGCUGGAGGAGUACAAGGAGCGCUCCCGCAAGGAGAUCACCGACACGCAGAAGCAGGCCAAGGACCGCAACACCGAAGUGGAGAAGAUGCAGUACAACCUGGGGAGAUUACAAGACGAGGUGACGCGGCUGAAGCAGGCGCUGCAGGACAGCCAGGCCGAGCGGGAAAACGCCGUGUUGGACAAGGAGCUGCUGGCCCAGCGCCUCCACAACCUGGAGCAGGAGAUGGAGUCCAAGAAGAGGGCCCAGGACGACCGCUCCCGGCAGGUGAAGGCCCUGGAGGACAAAUCGAAACGCCUGGAAGUGGAGCUGGACGAGGAGAGAAGUACGGUGGAGCUGCUGACGGAGAGGAUCAACCGGACAAGGGACCAGAUCGACCAACUGCGAGCUGAGCUGUUGCAGGAGCGCUCCGUCCGCCAGGAUUUGGAGUGCGAUAAGAUCUCGCUGGAAAGACAGAACAAAGACCUCAAGAGCCGACUCACCAGCUUCGAAGGCUUCCAGAAGCCGAGCGCCAACGUCUCGCAGCUGGAAUCGCACAUCCAGGAGUUGCAGGACAAGCUCCAGGCCGAAGAACGGGAGAAAAGCGUCCUGGUCUCGUCCAAUCGCAAACUGGAGCGGAAGGUGAAGGAGCUCACCAUCCAAAUCGAUGACGAAAGGCAGCACGUCAAUGACCAGAAAGACCAGUUGAGCCUGAGGGUCAAGGCCCUGAAGCGCCAGGUGGACGAGGCGGAGGAGGAGGUGGAGCGCCUGGAGGCCGCCCGGAAGAAGGCCCAAAGGGAGCUGGAGGAGCAGCACGAGUUCAACGAGCAGCUCCAGAGCCGCAUCAAAGCCCUGGAGAAGGACCUCUGGCGCAAGGCUGCCCGCUCCACGGCCGAGUCCUCCCUGAAGGACGACCACUUGAGCUCGGACGAGGAAUUCGACAGCGCCUACGGCCCGUCCUCCAUCGCGUCCCUCUUGACGGAGGCCAACCUCCAGACCAGCUCCUGCUAGCGGCUUCCGCCUCUGUGGAACCGCAUUACGGAACAAUUUGCAAUCCAGCAAAACGAUGUGUCACCUCCGCAGGUUCCCGAUGAGGCCGACCUUCACGUAGAGCAACUGUAGAUAGAAUAGAUGCCUUGUAUCCAGAAAUAUGUGAUUUGUUCAGGAAUGGGGUUGGAGAGAGACAGAGUGGGAAACAGGAUUGAAUAAUACCGAACCUUUCCCCGUGGCGAUCCUUGAUCUGGUUCUCAGGGCAUUGGUGAACGACUACGGAAUAGCAUCUUCCCCGUUCCUUUCCUUUUUGAUAACCAAAUUCGAAUUUCCUUCUGUGUAUAUAUCGGGGUGGGGAUUUCGGGGGUAUUUUUUGUUUUGGUAUGUGCCUCGACCGCAUGUGGACCGAAUUGGAUGUGCAAUAAUGUAACAGGGGCAAUGGGCGAAUGUGUCUUGUGGGGACGGCGGGGCCCCGAUUUUCUCUGCAUGUCGGCCUUGAGCGGAAGGGAUCCCGGGGUUACAGAACCGUCGAUCGUUGCAUCUUGGUUUGUGCUUGGAAGACCCUCACGAUUUCGGCCCCUCUUUCUCCGGCCGCUUCCUCUGUUGCUGUGCCUGGUGUUUCUGGGUUCCCGGAUUACUCUUUCACACUUGAUUGUUAUAGCGCUAGAGCUCCGCUUCGGCUUCCAUCCUAUGGGAUUGAGAGACGGACACUUAGGAUCCUCAGCCAGAGAAUUCUAGUGCUUCCCUAAACUACAGAUCUUUGGCUCCCGUCGGAGCUAAAGUAGAAUCUUGGACAUACCCUUCUCUCCCUAAGCAAAGACACCUUCCUUCAGUUAAAGAGAUUCUUGAGUUUUCGGAUAGUCACCGUCACCUUCUCUUUGGGGCUCAGGGAGCACCUCUCGCCUCCUCAAAUGCUGCUGAUAUGUGCUUUCUCCUUUCUGCUUUACGGAAGGGUAAGUAGUUGGACAUUUGAGUCUCGAUGACCAAUGUUAAACUCUUUGUUUCCAUUGGAAAAAAGGACAAAGAGGUGGCACAGUUUCCAUCUCACCCGUCUUCAGAUUGUGCGGAGAGAGUUUUAACACCAGGGUAAAAUAUUCAGUCACAAGUUCACGUGAAAUGCUCGAUUUCCUGAAUAUCGGCUUCUCCCCCAAAUGAAUAUUUUUUUAGGUUGAGAUCCCCCAUCUGUUAGUAAGUGGCCUUCCCUUUCCUUCCAGCCUUUGGAAUGAAGCUUGAUGCUGGAACUAAGGACCCCGCAAAGCAGCAUUCUCCAACCCAGUCCUCUGCAGAAGUUGUCAAACUUAUUGCACCUUUGCUGCAAGGGAGAGGGGGGUGAGAGUUGAAGUAUCUCAACAAUCCCAGGAUGAAGUCUAGACCUCUUUACGGACUGAAAGGAGAGAAAACGUUGCAUAGCACUGCGUUGGUAUUGCAGUAAUCCUGGGCAUCCUGAUGCAAUGGUACCAUAGACUUUGGGAUGGUACUUUCCCUGUUAAGAGCUAACCCACCAGGCCUGCCUUUUCGACACUAAAAAUCAUGUCCUGCACAGGUUUUACUUUUCUGAUUCUGGAAGCAAAGGGAGGCUCAGGGCAAGAUUGUGGUGACAGCAUUGCAGACCUAGGCAUAUAUUCUCCCAAGCUGGUUGCCUUGUUCUGGUCCUUCUUAGCCCAUCAGCCAACCCAAUGGAUGGUAAGGACACGAAUGCCAGUGGGUCGUUCUCUAUCUUUUUGGUAUAACUCAGGAGCUGCCAAUUCACUAAACCAGAGAUGGGAAACCAUUACAGAGAGAAGAAUUGAAGUCUUGCCGAACUGUUGUCACAAAUUCAGCCGUUGUCCAAUGAAAAUUACAUUAUACGAGGGCUAUCCAGAAAGUAGGUUACGUUUUGGAUUUUAAAAAGGACAGAGUAUAGGAUAAAUCAUUUACCAUAUGCAGCUGAAAGACACAUUCCAAGACUACAAUCUCAUGUAAUCCCCAUUGAAAUUUAGGCACGUUUCAUAUAGAUAAAUCAAUUUGAAAAGUACUGCUCCAGUAAAUUUGCCGCCUCUCUCCUCCGUUUCCAACAAUGGGGGCGUGGCUGGCAGCGCGGCGUUUUGGCUACGCUGCAGUAAGGGAGAAGGGGGAAGAGCUGAGGACACAAGCGGGGAAUUUACUGGAGCAGUACUUUUCAAACUCAUUUAUCUAUAUGAAACGUGCCUAGAUUUCAGUGGGGAUUACAUGAGAUUGUAGUUUUGGAAUGUGUCUUUCAGCUGCAUAUGGUAAAUGAUUUAUCCUAUACUUUGUCCUUUUUAAAAUCCAAAACGUAGCCUACUUUCUGGAUAGCCCCCAUGUAUACAAAUAACGUUAAUGGAUUAAAUAGCCUGUAUAAAAGAAGGAAAAUAGGGCACCAACUUAAAGAAGGGCUGUACGAUGUGAUAUCUCGAUAAGGAUUGUUUUUUGAGUGGUCUUACUCUGUCGAAGGCUCCUUUUCUUCUGUUCUCCUCUGCCUCCCUGCAUAUUGUAUCUCCAGCAAGAGCGCCAGCACCUUGCCAAGUUUGCAUCAUGCAGGUUACUCUUUUGCAAGUCCCCGUUCCUGACCGCUCUGGGUACCCCGCUGCAUUCACCCUGCAGAUUAUAGCUACCGAAUCUCCGUAAAGGGCUGCUUCUCCCCUGUUUUCCUCGACGGUACGGACUUCAGGGAUCCCUCUCUCACCUCUCCAGGCCUUGCACCAAGUGCCUUAUUGCGGACCUGUCCCUGAAGGUGUCCUUUUCUGGCGGAGAGACGUGUUUCGCAUCGCGCCGUGGGCAGUGGUGUUUUGCACAAGCGUGUGCCUUUGCACCAAAGGGGAAAGUCCCCGUUUCGCUGGCGUCUGGCUUUCCCUCUUGGAAGGUACAAAAAAAAAAGUGAGAAGGAGAAUCCUCCUAUUUCUGGGUCACCUUGAAUGGCAUGGAGUUUGGUGACAAUCCUGCAAAGUUGAACUUCCUUCAAGCACUGAGGUGGAAUGACAUCUUCCCAACCUUUUGGAUACAUGGCCAACGAGUCAGGCUUAGUAGCCAUGGAGGAACCUACGGAGAUAGCUACGGAAUGGAUGGCGUUGCGGUUGGAAAAACCAUCUUCUGUCCAUCCUCUGAAGAGCUUUGGGGCCAGGUUGCUGUGAGUUUUCCGGGCUGUAUGGCCAUGUUCCAGGAGCAUUGUCUCAUGUUGUUUUGCCUGCAUCUUUGGAAGGCAUCCUCAGUGGUUGUGAGGUUCUCAGUGGUUGUGAGGGAAUGCUUCUGGAACAUGGCCAUUCAGCCCGGAAAACUCACAGCAACCCAUGAAAGCUUUUGAUAACACAUCUCCAAGUCUAUCCACCCAAACAUCACGGCUCUGGCCUCCACUUUGAACCCGAUCGAGAUGAUGUUUCCGAGUGAUCAAACUUUAUAGAACUAUGUGGCACCAUUUUUACCACGUUGGUGCCGACGAUACCAACAAACAGUCAACGGAGGACAAUUCAGCUUGUGUUUCAAUGCUUUGGUAGAUACCAGAGACCCAUGGCUGGUCCGUCAUGGAUCAUGAAGAGUUCUAUAGAUACACAAUGUUUUGAACGUCGGAAUUGGAACAACCACCACUUUACUUGUGGUUCUAGGCAACUUUGUCUUCCACCUGUCAGGCACCUUUGUGUGGUCCUUAUUGUCCAGGGUUGGCUAGAUCAGACUUCUUCGGCAUCACCGAAUCCAUCAAGAAAACCUUGAAGUCCUCCAACGAAAAUGGGUGAAAUCCCACAAAUUUGGAGGACUAGAAUGAUAGUGUAGGAUUUGGAUCGUAUUGUUGACAAACGUCUACCCAAGAUGAGCUGUGAUCCCUCGAUGCGUUUUCGCGAAGGAUGCGGAAUCCGAGGCCGAAUGCCGAGAUCUCCGGAGCCGUCCUUCGUUUUCUUUCUUUCUUCGAGCAAUGCAAUAAUGACACACACACAAGUGGGGAGUAAACCCGAUCAAUGUGGAAUGUUUCCUCCCGGUUGUGUGCACACAUAUCUCGAUCGGACUUGUACAGUUUUGGGAGAAAAAAUGGCUGCUAAUAUAAUCCAAUCCGGGUUGGUUUUUAUGAUUUGUACCUUUUGAUUUCCUUCCACAGAUUUUAUUUUAUUUUUUCCCUUUUACUAAGAAGACGAUGAGACUUGUACAUUGAUUUUUUUUUUUGGAAAUAAAGACAUUCUAUAUUAA